AGGUACAGGUGAGGGGUGAGGUACAGGUGAGGUACUACAAGGAGGAUCACUGGUCACCAUCGCCUAUUGGUGCUCACUCGAGGAUAGUGAUGAAGGAAAUGAUGGUGAGAUGGUGAUGGUGAUGAAGAUGACUCACACACCGCUAUAGUGCAGGGUCCAAGAUGUCGUGGCUGGGCGGGGACGAUCCUGGGGGCGGGUUCGGGUACGACUAUCCAUGGUGGGCGGCUGAAGAAGGACUCGGUGGACGAACUAACAGGACGUGGGAGGAGAGGUGUAGGACCCUUGACUACGACUACCACAUCGUCACCGCCGUCAUCUGUGCCAUGUUCCUCGUCUUCGGCGUUGUGUACAGCUUGUUUGGUUACCGGUGCUUCAAGGCCGUCAUGUUCCUCACUGGGUUCAUCUUUGCAUCUGUGGUGGUGUACCUGAUAUGUCUGAGUGAGGACCUGCUGCCCCUGGUGGGUAACGCGGGCGUGGCCCUUGGGGCGGGCGUCAUGUUUGGGCUCAUCACCAUGCUGGUGCAGUACGUGGGUCUCUUCAUGACGGGGCUACACACUGGACUCUUUCUCGGUGUGGCCGGCAUCGCCAUCGGUUAUAACUGGUGGGUACCCAGUAGCGUGUGGCCGGUGGUGGGGAUCCUACUGGCCGCGGGAUUGUUGUUGGCCAUUCUGACGCUGUACUUCCAGAAGGGGCUGACCAUCCUCGGUACAGCCAUCAGCGGAGGAGCCAUCAUGUCCGCCACCCUCGACUAUUUCAUCGAGAAGUUCUUGAUGGUACACUGGUUCGAAGACCGAUUGAAGGCGGUGGAAAGUGAACGUCCGUGUUGGUUCUCGUGGAUGAUCCUCGGUGUGUGGCCGUUCAUGGUGGUGGUGGGCAGCCUGACACAGUGGAGGAUCACGGGGAGAGGCAUUUAUCAUCAACAGUUGGUGCCCUCCAAAAAGUCUCGAAGUGUGAACCUCCAGCGAAUGCGGAGUCGAGAGGCCAGGGCUGAGAUGCGCCAGAAGAAAUACCGGUAUUUGUAUCAAGUUCGUACUGCUCACGGGGACAUCAUCAGCCAGGAAUAUAUUCAGAGUCUUCAGCGUAAGGCUUAUCCGACUGGUGACAACGGAACUCUCCAGUCAGACUCCACCCACACCACCAUGCUACCCCCAGAGCAGACACAAUUGGCGCCACUCACCGAGAGUGAAGACGAGACGGGGGGGUCUCAGCCGCCUCCGACCCCUCCCGAGCCCCCGAGACUCACGCGGGUCACUAUGCAUUAGCCCGUGAUCUGAAAAUUUGCAUUGUAAGAUUUUUUAGACGAAGAAGAACUACCAGUCAGUAAUGUUGCUAAGAUCCAAGAUUUUAGCCAAAUUUUAGUGACAGAAAUGUUCCUCACUCUUAUGUACAGAAUGUAAGCCAUGGUACUUUCUACAUACAUUAAAGCAUGUACGGUAUAUCUGUUCAGAGAAAAUACUAAUAAACAAUUGUAUAAUCCUGAACUAUAAUUGUGAUACUAUAUAGCAAGUGUGUGUGUGUGUGUGUGUUCCAGUUUCCAGAGUAGUUUUGUCUUCACCUGCCCGCUGGAGCAGUGCUUGGCUGUAGUUAGCAGGCAACUUAUGUGUACCUCCUGUUGUAUGACUUAAGUCUUAGCUUAAAGUCUUUCAACACAUACUGGAUGGUCUGGAGUGAAUGAAGCUGUGACCAUUAUUUCAAGUUCUCUCCAGUACAGAGAAUUUAUUCAUUUAUCAGUACAGUGGGCCAUGUGUUGUGUUUACACCCUGUAUUAGUUUUAUUGCAGCUAGUCUUGUGAUUCUGAGAGGAGUUGGCAGAUGAUGAUACAGUACAGUAUAUUGAUAUUUGUAGAACCUGUGAAUAAUUUGCUAGCAGCAGGUUAUGACUGAUGGUACUGGUGAUAUUUUAAACCUGAAAAUAAUAACUACUGUGGAAAUAAUUCUCUUAACCCCCUGUCCCUAUUUAUAUAAAGUGAUUUUUAGAAAAUACUGGGCAGCGGGUGAAACUGUGACAGUUGAGCAUUGGUGCUCAAUUGUGGUUGUCAUCCGGUGCAUGUCCAAUGAAAAUCAAAGUAGACUUUUCAAGCAUUCCAAGUUAAAUUGUAAAGGAAGACCACAAAAUGGUGAUUCCACUUGUGAAAUUUGAUGUGUCCAUCUUGCCUACCAAGUAUGACUGACUCUACUCACCUCUAUCUUGAACAAGAACUAGAAUUAGCUCAAGUUGUUGUAAGUAGUGCUGACUGACUGAGAAGCUCAAAUAGCCAGGAAGAAUACAAAUACACAGCACAAUUAUGCCAUGUGUCUUUCUCUAAUAUGUAACAGGAAUGUUGUUGAUUGAAUAUUACUUUGCCCUCUACUUUGACAACAGGCAUUAUUUAAGGCUUUAAGCUGUCUUAGUUUAAUUUUUAAUCUUCCAGGCAUGUCUGUCUAUUAUUCACUAUAUUAAGUUAGGAAGGGAACUUGUACAUUACUCCCUCCCUCCCUCCCCUCCCAAGCAGGUACUGGGAUUUGUUUAGUCAUUUAUCUUGUUGUUUCCUUAUGUUUUCUUUUUCUUUUCAUUUUUAUACUUUCUUCCAAGUGUAUAUUUUAAGGAUCAUAUUACCAUAGGUUAACUUCUUGUGAACCUUCACUUAUUUAUAGUACUGUAAUAAUAAGCUUUCUUUAUCACUGCCUGUCAACUAGUUGUCAUCUCAUCAUGUGAAGUUCCUGGUCCCAACCACAAUUCAUAUAACUUGUAUACUGCAAUCAUAAUUUUUUUUCACCAUCUUUGUGUAGUCUUACUUUUAUUAUAUUUAAAAAACUUAACCAUUAUCUCUGGUUAGUUGUACAGGAAGGCCAGAGUAACUUGUGCUGGUCUGGCAUUUGUGAGAGUUGGACACUGAAGAGAUGGCUGUCUCACCUCUUCAUCCCCAGCCACCUGUUUGGUCACCAGAAUGUGUAUGAUGUUUAAACCUAAGGAUUUUGUAGUGAUUAGGACAGGAAUCUUCAGAGACCCUCAUCAGGUAGUUGGUCAUUGUAGUGACGAUAAUACACUGUAUAUGUGCAUUAAUGUGAGUGCUUCUACCAUUAUGUUUACUUUUAAUACCAUUUAUAACAAGAAUUUUAUCUGGAAUUAUUUUGUUUGGAUUGCUAUAGACAGUACGUUUUCACAGGUUUGUUCCGGUAGUUGUAAUCCUGUCAUAGCUUAAUCAAAGCUUAUUUCCCUAUUAGUUAGAUAGAGAUGAUAAGCCCCAUAUAAUUGGAACACACUUGUUAUUUGGCAAAUGGAUUUAAUGUUAAAAAAGUUUUUCAACUAUUUUAACGGCAAUAUUAAGGAAAUGUGGGAAAAAUACUGUUGAUAGCUAUGAAGCAUUAUGCUUUUGAAGCUUAUUUUUAAUCAGUGAUAAACUAAUAUUGAAAUGAAAUUUCAUGUAGGUAAAAUUUUUAAGGUUGCUGCAGACAAACUUCUAUAAGAAGGGUGCGGUGAGCACGAACGACUGUGUUCUUCCUGCUUCAACAUCGAUCAGUGUGUGAUAAAUAAACUGUUCAAGUAAAGUUAGGAACUCUGCCCAUCUUAACUAUAUCGUUCACUAAUCUAUAUUUCACCUCAUAAUAAAGAGAUGCUAAUUCAGAAGUAAAUUUUACUGCCAGUUUCAACAGUGUUGUGUAUGUCAUCACCUCAGAGUGACCUUACACCAACUCUCUGGUGGUGACACAACACAGUACUGGUGAGCCAACACGUAGCAUCACGAGGUAUGAUUAUAACUUUACAAGAUUGAGACAGUUGGUCUUUACAAACUUAAUUAGUAAUUUGAGAAAAAAAAUCACUACAAGGCUUAACAGUUCACCCUGACAUCUGUUUUCAAACCAUUGCUUUGAUCAUGUCUCAGUACGUGAUAAGUUGUAAACAUAUUGUGACUCGUUUAGUUACUUCAUAAGACAUAGAAUUGGCAUCUCUAAAACAUCUGUGAAUGUUUAAAGUUUAGGAGUAACAACCUUUUUUAUGUUUUAACAGUGGUUUACAGUUCAAGAAGGGCACAAGGGACUGGUCAUGACAUACCGGCACCGUCUGUUUGUCCGGUAACGUUGUCUCUUGAGUGUGGGCAAGUAGUAGUGUGUCUCCGACCUGCUUCUCUACGCUGUAUCUGGGGUGUUACUUCACUGUCAGGACCCGGGCUUGUUAAGUACUUCACUCUUUCAUCUUGUGACAUACUACCCUCUUAGUCUUUUGCCAGUGACUGUUUGUACAUCAACUUAUGGACACAACUGUUACUCCUCAGGUCCUCAGUUUGCCACAGAUGGACAGUUUAUGUAUAAUGGUUUGUUUUGUUGUCAGUCUAAGGGUUCUUGUACAUUUUCUCAAUACAAUACAAUACCCUACAAUGCAAUAGACCAAAUACAAGUAAUCAACAAUAUUAGAGUUAAAUUGUUUCCAGUCAAGUAGUUUUAACUUUCAAUGAAAAUUUUGGUGAGUGAUGCACAGUACCAUGGACCAUGAUGCACAGUACCAUGGACCAUGAUGCACAGUACCAUGGACCAUGAUGCACAGCACCAUGGACCAUGAUGCACAGUACCAUGGACCAUGAUGCACAGCACCAUGGACCAUGAUGCACAGCCCGACUUAGUCCUUCAAGUGGAGAACACUUAGUGCUAAUCUUUUUAUAUCCAUAUCUGACUAUUAUUAAGCUCAAAAAUAUCAUGAACUUUGUAUUGUUAUUGUAACAGAAGUGAGUGCGAGUACAUGUGACUAGAUUAUUAUUAUUAUUACUGUACUUUGUAGCCAUGAUAAUGCAGGAUUAUUUUGUCUCUAGUAUUUAUACCACUGCCAUGAAUUUGACAAUAUGCACAGACCAGUGCAUUAGCCGUUUCGUUGACUCUACUUUUUAUUUAACGACUGCUCCCAGCGAAACCAAAGAUCAGUCCUUUCUCCUUGUGUACUGUGUGAAGACCUUCAGGUUCCUGCUGGUUGAGGACUUAAGCUAAGGAGGAAAUUUUUUGAAAAACUAAAGAUUGUCUUUUGGUGCUUUUUUUUUUUUAACCAAUAUUUAAACAUAUCCCGAUGAUUUCCAGUGAUGUUUGUAAACAUUUGUACAUUGACCUUGUACUGAAUUUCUGCGCAUAUACUCAUACCCUGCAAAAUGUCAGAGUAGUAUUACUGAAACUUACACAUCACCUAUUUAUGUUCUGUGUUCAUCCGGAGCAGUUACGUAGUGCGCUGGAACCGUACAAAGAGGGUAAGGUUUACGACUGAGAGAACAGCAAAGUCCCCCAGAUCCAAAUUGAUUGGAGGAAGUAAUAGUGACUUAGGGAGAAUUCUUUAGUUUGUUUCAGUAGCAAUAUGUGUCAAUAAUAGUCCACAGUGGGCAAGAGUCUUCGUGUUUGGCCGUGAGUUACAACCUCAGUAGCUAACAUUAGGGUACGAGAGACUUGUGUAAAUUCUCUGUAUGAAUAAGUAUUAGUUAGUGACUCAUCUUUUCAUUUUCUUUCAUUAUGUUUCAAGUUUCAUAUUAAAAGUGUUAUUGGAAUCUUUUAUACAUUAAGUUUAAGAAACAUGAUUACGUACAUAGUUAAUAGUUUAUUAGAAAUUGCUAUUUAUAUAAAACAUAAAUAUUUAAUUGUAUAUUUUCAUUAAUUUAGAAGAUCCACUUUGUAUGAGGCGUUUCCCUGCUCAUCGGCCAAGACAACUAUAGUGUUAGUGGUGCAUCAAGAUGGGUCACCUCCACGCCUCUGUACCCCCUCAAACGUUAACCUUAUCUCUCCUUUUGAACAGUGACGUCCUGUGCCUGCCAGAAACUCUUAAUCUGAAAUGAUUAUUAUCAAAAUGCAGGAAGUGUUUCCAUUAGCUAAUUGUUUAAGGCCUCAAAGUCCGCCUCAAGAGUGAUAGAACUGAAUUAUUUUGUAAAUUAUGUAUGAGAGAGUUUGCUUGACCAGUAGAUAUGAAAUGAUCUAUAGUUCAGCUGUUCUGUCUACCCUGAAUGUUACUGUGGCAGUUUUUAUGAAGUGAAAUUUCUUCCACCUCCCCAUUUUGAUAAAUAUGUUGUGAACAGUAAGGAUGAUGAGGCCUUUGGCUUACCCAGAUCCUUGUGUCAGCUUCAUUAAGGAUCCAUUUCCUUGUUGACACACAUUAAUACAUCUUCUGCCUGCUGCCUCCACUUAAAAGUAUAAUAUACAGCAAGUGUUUGUAAAGGUUGACGUGGCUGACGCAUUUCACUGCCUAUUUAUCAGUUUCGUCUAAGCCAUCAUAGGUCAUGGAGAGCUUGGAUGCUGUGAACAUUGAGUAAUGGCCCUGACUUUACAAACACCUGCUGGAUCUUGCCUCGUUCUCAUGUUCUUACGUCACUGUAAAUAUUAGCCAUCACUCAGACUGCUCUUCUGAUGUCACUAAGUAUGAGUGAGAAGUUUAUAUAAGGAACACAGUUUUGUAUAACUUGAGAAGUGUAUGUACAUUAUGUAAUCAUUUCUUACAAGCUGAUACGUGCAAUUCUUCAGAAGCAGGUAUUUGUACUGUACUGCAUCCUGUGCUCUUUAAAUAAUAACAAUGUUUUGAA